AUGGAGUUUUGUCUGCAACCACCCGAUAGUUUUACUAUUUGUUUACAUGGUCAAUCUAUUCUUAUACACAAACGUGAACAACCUUUGUUCUAUAUCGGUACAUGUCAAUCUUCAUAUAAUAUGCGUCUUGGUCAUUUUUUGAUCAAACAUGAAAUAGAGAAGAAAGUAAGUCUUCAGGUGGAAAGUAUUAAAGAAAUCAAUCCAUCUCAAGUCUAUGAAAUAAUAUUUACUGAUGAAAAUAAAUUAUAUAGUCUUCAAAUAAAAUUUAUAAUAGAUGAUAAUGGAUUAAAAAUUGAAUUUCCUCAAACAUCUAUAUCGAACUAUAUUCGAUCCGUUAUCGAAGGUGAAGAAAUACUUGAACGUGCUGUGGAUAUAUUCGAUGAUAGUGAUCAAACAAAUUUAUGGUUUUCAUUAGAAGCAUUACCAUUUGAUCAAGAAAUUCUACAUGGUUGUGGUCUUCAGUUCGGUAGUAGUGAUCUUAGACGAAAAAUUUUACCAAUAUGGGUAUCAGAAUGGUUUCAUGAUCAAUUAUAUUCAAAUGAUGAUAUAACAGUUCGUCCUUCAUCACAUACUACUUAUCAUCCACAACCAAUGUUUAACUCAUCACGUGGUUAUACAUUUUGUGCGUAUGGAUCAGCCUAUGCUCAAUAUGAUUUUACCGAUGUAAACUUGCAUCGUUUUCAUUUUGCUGCUAUUCCUUAUCGAUUGGAAUUGAGUCUUAUUGGUCCUCCUCUAACAUCUCGUUUAUAUAUGCCAUUGCCAGAAUGGUUACAUAAUGGAAUUAUUUUAAGUGUACAAGGUGGUACCGAUGUAAUUGAUAAAAAAUUACGUACAAUGUAUGAAUGUGAUACAAAAAUUGCUGGUGUUUGGGCACAAGAUUGGUGUGGAAAACGAAUAACAUCAUUUGGUAAACGAGUCUUUUGGAAUUGGCAAUGGAAUGAAAGUUGGUAUCCGAAUUUGAAAGAAAAAAUUAUUGAAUGGCAACGUAAUUAUAAUGGUUGUCGAUUUUUAGCUUAUAUUAAUCCAUACAUUGCUGUUGAUGGUUCGUUGUUUAAAGAAGCCAAUGAAAAAGAUUUUCUUGUUAAACGAAUCGAUUCUGAAAAUACUGUUUAUAUGAUAGAUUUUGGUGAAUUUAACGGAUCAAUUAUCGAUUUAACUAAUCGAAAAGCAUUUGAAUGGUAUAAAAAAGUCAUAAGAAGAAAUUUAAUUGAUUUAGGUAUAUCUGGUUGGAUGGCUGAUUUUGGUGAAUAUCUUCCAUGUGAUGUUCGUGUUCAUGCUAAUAUACCUGGUAGAUUGAUUCACAAUCUUUGGCCAUUAUUAUGGGCACGAUGCAAUUAUGAAGCUAUUCGAGAUGCUGGAAAACUCGAUGAAAUUGUUUUUUUCAUGCGUAGUGGAUAUUUAAAUGUACAACGCUUUUGUCCAUUGUUCUGGACCGGUGAUCAAUCAGUCGAUUUUUCUCAUCAUGCUGGUCUUUCUGUUGGAAUUCGUUCAUGUCUUUCAUUAUCAUUAAGUAAUGUUCUUAGUGUUCAUACAGACAUAGGUGGAUAUUUCUGUCGAACAACUGGACGUACUCGUGAAGUUCUUUUACGUUGGUGUGAAAUGGCAACAUUCAAUAUUGUUAUGCGUACACAUGAAGGUAAUCGACCGACUUUAAAUAUACAAUUCGAUAAUGAUAAAAUAUGUGUUGAAUUUUUUGCUCGAAUGAGUCGAAUUCAUGCACAUUUAAAACCUUAUUCUUGUCAAGUUGUUCAAAAAGCAUAUGAACAACAACAAUCAUGUAUUAUUCCUCAUACAGAUUUACAAUAUUUCUUUGGACAUGAUCUUCUUAUAGCACCAGUUGUUGAAAGUGAAGUCAAUAAAUGGAAAGUAUCAAUUCCCGAUGGAGAAUGGAUACAUAUUUGGACAAAUAAUAUCUAUAAUAAAAAUCAAUAUGAAAUAGAUGCACCUAUUGGUCAACCACCUGUUUUCUAUCGAUCUACAAGCGAAUGGAAAUCACUUUUUCAACAAUUAAAAGAUUUUUAA